AUGGAAUCAAAGAAGAAAGUGAUGGGAGUAGAAAAGCUCGCCUGCACAGGAUUAAUGCUAGGAGACUCCGGGUUUUUGAAAAGAAUUGUUCUAGCUGAUGUUGGUCAUUCUACUCUUCAUCCCAACUACAUUUGCAGUCUUGUGCUAUCAAACUGGUCACGAUAUGGUCUGCCACAUGCUUACGGUGAUUCAAUGAUAGCAGAUGACACUUGCUUGGAUGACGAGAGACUCACAGGUCAUGUUCCAUGCAGUACUCCUUGUAUGACUAUAAACAUAACAGCAGUUGGAGGAAAGCAUGAUGGAAAAGUGCAAAUAGAUCGAAAUUCGCCAGUACUUGUAAAUUAA